GCCGAGGCGGGGACGGCGCGCCAGCUGCGGAGGGCACGCCCGGCGUUCCUGGCCGCAGGACCCGCUUUCCCUACUCGUCAGAAUGGUCCCCAAAUUGUCCUUGAUCCAGCUGAGGGGGGGGGGGAGGGUCCCUGAGCCUUGCUCUCCCCCGGCUACAAAGCCCUUUGUCUGCUGUUGAGAUGCACCCGCUCCCCUUGGCGGCUCCGCCUUUGGGCCCGGAGCCUCCCCCUGGUUAGCUCGGAGACCGACCUGAAACCGACAGAUCCGGCCUUGGCCUUGGCCGCCUUGGAGCUGGGCGGGGCUCCAGCCGCGUAACCUUUUACCUACUUUUCUGGGCUCGUCACGUGACGCCUGGGGGAAGGGGAGGAGUGAGGCAGCCAGCCAGUAGGGGGUUGAACUUGCCCUUCAAGUACAGGCGGCUGCUGGGGCCGCUGCGCCCACUCCCUCAGCCUCGCAGGGGAGGGAGAUGCUUUUUCUCCGCCUUUCAGCUCACUUGCUUUCCCCCCCCAUUUUCCUUUUCGAAGGAAAAACCGUGGAGUCAUUCAGUGCGGUGGUUCUUGGCCGGGUGAAUCUGCCCGGAUGGCGGAAAAGCGGCUUUCAGUUUCCAGCGCUCGGUGCUCGGAAGUCCUUGCUCCCGCUGGGACCGUCCCGCGGGGGCCCGAGUCGGGCUGCUGCUGCUUCGGGGGCCCGUGGCCGGCCCUGCGCUUCCCCCCCGGGACGUGUCAGAGAAGGCUGUUUUGUUGCUUUAUCCUUUAUUAAAUAGACGUGGCCAUGGGAGCCCACGGUGCGAAAGCACCGGCUCAGAACAAUCCUGGCAACAAUAUUCCAUCUCCCACGAUCAUUAUCUGUUCCUAUUAGCUACUCUCGCCACCGUUUUACCGAUAAAGAGACGGCGGCAGGGACGUUCCCAGGUUCUCACAGCCAGUUCCCAUCGGAGAUGGGAUUGGAGCUUGGGAUUUCGCGACGUUCCAUCACCAGUGUGGACGCUGGAGCCAGAGAACCUGGCUUCGGCUCCUGCUUCCUGGGACAGGCUCAAAAUGGCCUCUGAGAGCGACUCCCAGCUCCAGACUCGGGAGCCGACUUUUCUGCUUCUCGUCUUCUGCUGCCUCCGAUAAACCGCCGCGAGGGGGAAGAGCAAGUAUUGACUGGCUCUAACUGAGGCACAGGGUGUUUUGUCUAAACCUGUCUCAAUCCCACGUGCCCGUGGGCCCAGCUCCCGAGGGAUGGCCAGCUUUGCCUUCAUCCUUUUAUAUUGAUUAGUUGACAGGGACUAAGCAUUCUUGUGUUCUUAGGCUCAGAGAUGUUCGUUGGGUUUGGGGGGUUUAAUGAUAACCAGUAGGAGAGAGACGCUGCCCUUGGGACAUGAGUCCCCACCCCCCUGGAUGUCCAGCCCACCCCCUCACCUGCCAUCCCAGGAGGAGCUAGAAAAUCAUUUCCUAAGGAUUAGCCAUUAGCCGGCCACGUGGCAUUUUCUGCCCCAGAAGGCUUUGGGGAACAAGGAGAGAGACCAUCGUUUGAAAUCAACAGUUUUUGAGCAUCUGCCGCCGGGGUCUUUCUGAGGCUGAGGGGAGGCUGGAGAAAACAGUGUUCUGGAGGUCACAGGGUGCUGAAUAAAGAUGGCGGAAGCUCACCAAGCCGUAGCAUUCCAGUUCACGGUCACUCCUGAUGGGAUUGACCUCCGUCUGAGUCAUGAAGCUCUGAAGCAGAUUUACCUCUCGGGCCUCCACUCGUGGAAGAAGAAGUUCAUCCGAUUCAAGAAUGGAAUCAUCACAGGCGUGUAUCCUGCGAGCCCAUCCAGCUGGCUUAUUGUGGUGGUGGGGGUGAUGUCAACCAUGUACGCAAAAGUUGAUCCUUCCUUAGGAAUAAUAGCAAAGAUCAAUCAAACUCUUGGAACAACGGGUUCUAUGUCCACCCAGACCAAGAACAUUGUCAGCGGCAUUCUGUUUGGCACAGGGCUCUGGGUCACCCUCAUCAUGGCCAUGCGGUACUCCUUAAAGAUGCUGCUCUCCUACCACGGUUGGAUGUUUGCUGAGCACGGCAAACUGAGCCGAGCAACUAGAAUCUGGAUGGGAAUGGUGAAGAUAUUCUCAGGUCGAAAGCCAAUGCUGUACAGUUUCCAGACGUCCCUGCCCCGUCUCCCAGUGCCAGCUGUUAAAGAUACUGUCAACAGGUAUCUAGAAUCAGUCCAGCCGCUUCUGAAUAAAGAAGAUUUUAAAAGGAUGAAGGGGCUUGCCGAAGAUUUCUCCAUUAAUCUUGGGCCAAGACUGCAGUGGUAUCUGAAGCUGAAAUCUUGGUGGGCCACAAACUAUGUGAGUGACUGGUGGGAAGAAUACAUCUACCUCAGAGGACGCGGCCCCAUCAUGGUGAACAGCAAUUACUACGCCAUGGAUUUAUUAUAUGUGCUGCCAACCCAAAUUCAGGCAGCGAGGGCGGGUAACGCCAUCCACGCAAUCCUGCUGUACCGGAGGAAGCUGGAUCGAGAGGAAAUCAAACCAAUUCUUCUGCUGGGGUCCACUGUGCCCCUCUGCUCAGCCCAGUGGGAAAGGAUGUUUAAUACUUCUCGAAUCCCAGGAGAGGAGACAGAUACCAUCCAGCACGUGAAGGACAGCAAGCACAUUGUGGUUUACCACCAAGGGCGCUACUUCAAAGUCUGGCUCUAUCACGAUGGCAGGUUGUUGAAACCUCGGGAAAUCGAGCAGCAGAUGCAGAGAAUUCUCGAUGACCCUUCGGAGCCUCAGGCCGGAGAGGAGAAGCUGGCCGCCCUCACGGCCGGCGACAGAGUGCCUUGGGCCAAGGCUCGUCAGACCUAUUUUUCCCGUGGGAAGAACAAGCAGUCCCUCGAUGCCAUCGAGAAAGCGGCGUUCUUUGUGACCCUGGAUGACACCGAGCAGGGCUAUAACAAAAAGGACCCCGUGACCUCCAUGGACAGUUACGCCAAGUCUCUGCUGCACGGCAAAUGCUAUGACAGGUGGUUUGACAAAACAUUCACAUUCAUCGUCUUCAAGAAUGGUAAAAUGGGCAUGAAUACAGAACAUUCGUGGGCAGAUGCGCCAAUUGUUGGUCAUCUGUGGGAGUAUGUGAUAGCUACAGACUGCUUCCAGCUGGGCUACACCGAAGAUGGCCACUGUAAGGGAGACACCAAUCCCAACAUCCCGUGCCCCACGAGGCUCCAGUGGGAAAUCCCUGAAGAAUGCCAAGAGGUCAUUGAGAGAUCCCUGGGCAUCGCCAGCACCCUCGCCAACGAUGUGGACUUCCACUCCUUUCCAUUCGAUGCUUUUGGCAAAGGGCUAAUCAAGAAGAGUAGGACCAGCCCGGAUGCCUUUGUGCAGCUGGCCCUGCAGCUGGCCCAUUACAAGGACAAGGGCAAAUUUUGCUUAACGUACGAAGCUUCCAUGACCCGCCUUUUCCGAGAAGGGCGGACGGAGACCGUCCGCUCCUGCAGCAUGGAGUCCUGCAGCUUUGUGCUCGCCAUGGUGGACCCCGCGGAGACGGUUGAAAACAAGCUCAAAUUAUUCAAAAUUGCAGCUAACAAACACCAACACAUGUAUCGCCUUGCCAUGACUGGUGCCGGCAUUGACCGCCAUCUUUUUUGCCUUUAUGUGGUCUCCAAAUAUCUAGCUGUCGACUCUCCUUUCCUCAAAGAAGUUUUAUCUGAUCCAUGGAGACUGUCAACGAGUCAGACACCUCAGCAGCAGCUAGAACUCUUCGAUCUAGAGAGGAAUCCAGAAUACGUGUCCAGUGGAGGCGGCUUUGGACCGGUCGCUGAUGAUGGUUAUGGGGUAUCCUAUAUUAUAGUAGGGGAGAACCUCAUCAAUUUCCAUGUGUCCUCCAAACUCUCCAGUCCCGAGACUGAUUCUCAUCGGUUUGGAGCUCACCUGAAGCAAGCCAUGAUCGACAUCAUCACCUUGUUCAAACUCCCUUCCAACGCCAAAAAGUAAUUCCAGUUAUGCCCGUCGUGGAGGAAAUGGAACUAUUCCAAGAAACCAAAUAAGACUAAACAUUGCAUUCCCUUUUGUAGUCGAGGGUCAGAAGUUGCUCUUUUCCAGAGAGGAUUUUGUCCUUAGGGUUUUUUUUUUGUUUUAUAUAUAGAUAUAUAUAUAUAUAUAUAGAAAGAGAGAGAGAGAGAGAGAGAAGGAGGGCAGAGUAUAUGAAGUGUAAUUUUGCUACUUCUAGAUAUGUCCUAAUUAUGUGAAUGCUUGAUUUUUCCCACAAAGUCUUUGUCUUGCUUAAAUUUAAUCAAUGAAGGGACUGAAGUAUUGUCAGAUUAAUGUAAGUAGACGAAUCUUGGUGUAAUUUAUAUGUUGGGAGCAGAAAUAUCACAUUUCCUCAAUUGUGACUGUAUAUCUGGUACUGACAUUUAGCUCCUGUUAUCAGAACAGUUAUAUAUACAUUAUAUAUUUUUUAAAUUGUUUAAAUUGGAAGCGUAACCAAUGGACGUGGCCGUGUCUUAUACUAACCAAGAACGGGGCAGUUCUUUGGAACAAGCUUUGGCUACGAUUGGAUAACUUGGUUAUUUAUACCACCUAAGAGAAUAACAGCCCUCUGUAUUUGCUUCAUCUCUAGUUUUAUUGAAAUGAGAAUAAACCCUGAGUGUUUUUAUAACCCCAGUGCCUUAAAAGUAGAAGGCCCUAAACACGAGAAAAGUCUUACACAGAUUGUAUUAUAACUAAAGUUUAUGACUAAAUUAUGGGAUUACAAAUUCCAUUAGCUUAUCUUUUUUUCCCACUUGAAUUCAGUCCUAGAAUGAGUUUAUUAGCAGAGUAGGAAGCUCUCUUUAUAGGCAGGCAUAUGUGUCUAAUUUUCACCUCCCACAAAGAGUGUGACUUCUUUGGGAGAGGAAAAAGAGCCCACAUCAAUUAGCUUUCCCUGUUGGGUAUCCCCUCCUCCCAAAAUUGGGAGCCUGGCAAUGGCUAGAGUAGCAGAAUGACCAUCUGUUGUUACCAGUGGGAUGCUACUCUCUAGCAGCAAAUGUGGCACAGACUCUAUGCUGGCUGAUGAAAGGGAGAGUACGAUGGGGAAAGAGGAAGAAAGGCAGAGUAAAAGAAUCUCAAAUGAUCCAGAGCAGAGCCUUCUCAGACCCCAAGGUUUUGAAACCGUGAUGAGAGAAAUCACAAUGAAAUCAAACAAAAAACUGUAAUCCCCUCUCAUUCCCAAAGGAAGAGAGUACAAGGGUUCUGGAUGACCAUGGUUUCUAAAGCACGUAGAGCCCUGGGAGUUCUGGGAGAGCUGACUUUUUGAGGAAGGAUCGGACUGAUUCUUGUUUAAAAGCACUGAAUCCUGAUUUUAUACCAGAGUUAAAGGAUCACAGGACUCAAUGACCACUGCCACUGGGCUCGACUGACCGUAUGUUUUUUCUUCCAAUGGUAUAUUUCACUUGGCGUCUCCUCACCUGGUCCUGCUGGAGUUGACCUCCCGUGGAAGGCAGAUUUUGCAUAUGUAUAUAUUGUAUUACUGGCAUCCCAUCAAAUGGGCCAAAGAAAAUGUUCCUUUUUAAAGUAAAAAUAAAAGGAUUGGGUUUAGUGUCUGAAAAAAAAAAAGCAAAAAAGAAAUAAAAAAAGAGAUAGAGAGAGAGCCUCUACCGGAGGCAGCCAAUAGUCUGUUAAAUCAGAACCCUGCAAAAACCUGCCAGCCAUUCAGUCUGGGCUGCAGAAAUCAUGCACUGUUUCUAUUGACCACUGACCAAUCUGUAUUAAAAUAACACUUAAAUCUGUAUUAGCUCAUAGAAGAGAUUUUAUUAUUAAAGAUAGUGUUUGGGCUUGACUCAGGUUUUAAAUGUUUCCAAUGUAAUUGUAGUUAAUCAGAGCAGUUAUCAAUGCAAUUUUACAUUCUUUAAAAGGAUGUAAAUGUAAUUGGCACAGAAAGUCAGUUUUUCCUGUACAUGUUGAAAGGGCAGUAAGAGUGUUAUGUAUUUAAUUUUUUAUUUAGGAGAGAUCCGGAAUCUUAAUGGAGAUAGGGUUCGUAUUCAUUGUUAUCUUGGAAUGUCCAUUGCAUGUAAAUAGAAUAUGCUCUUUGGGAUGUAAAUCUUGGAAACGCUACAUGAAUGUUGGCUCUCAUUAAUAAAGAAAUUAACCUCA